AGGCUCCUAAGAUCACUGUCACAGUGUGUCUGUGUGUGCACGCAAAAGCAAGGAAGGCUGUGUCUUUCAGGUUUGGUCAAGUAUAUAUCUAAACAAACUCAUCAUGACUGCAGUCUAUCGUUUGGUCAUCGUGCGUCAUGGAGAGAGUAGCUGGAACCAGGAGAACCGUUUCUGUGGCUGGUUUGAUGCAGAUCUCAGUGAGAAAGGAGUGGAGGAAGCCAAGCGUGGUGCUCUUGCCAUCAAGGAUGCAGGCCUGAAGUUUGACAUAUGCUAUACCUCCGUGCUGAAGCGUGCUAUCAAGACCUUGUGGACCAUCAUGGAAGGCACAGACCAGAUGUGGCUGCCCGUUGUACGAACAUGGCGCCUAAAUGAGCGCCACUAUGGUGGACUGACCGGCCUAAACAAGGCUGAGACGGCAGCCAAACAUGGAGAGGAGCAAGUAAAGAUCUGGAGACGCUCAUUCGACAUCCCACCUCCACCCAUGGAUAAAGACCAUCCCUACAACAAGAUCAUCAGUGAGUCUAGGCGAUAUAAAGGUCUGAAGGAGGGCGAGCUGCCCACCUGCGAGAGUUUGAAAGACACCAUUGCACGUGCCCUGCCCUUCUGGAAUGAGGUCAUUGUCCCUGAAAUCAAAGCCGGCAAAAACGUACUUAUUGCAGCUCACGGAAACAGUUUGCGUGGUAUUGUCAAGCACUUAGAGGGCAUGUCUGAUGCCGCCAUCAUGGAGCUUAACUUGCCCACUGGCAUUCCCAUUGUCUAUGAGCUGGACAGUGACCUGAAGCCUGUGAAGCCCAUGCAGUUCCUUGGGGAUGAAGAGACUGUCCGUAAGGCCAUGGAAGCUGUAGCUGCCCAGGGCAAAGUAAAGAAGUAAAACCAGACAAGGUUGCAAAGACUGAACCUACUCAAGACUUCCCCUUCUCACCUGAUACCACUCAGCAUGCUCAACUCAACUAAACAUCAUUCCACCAUCGGAGAACACUCACACCCCUUUAAAACAUAACAUAGUAGUGGUUCUCAUUGGGUUCUUCAGCAAACCUUAUUAAAACUUUUUUUUUUAAACAUUGUCCUCACAUUUUCCCCACUUUAUCUAAAUAAAAUCACCAUUUUGUGUAA